AUGUGUCCAUAUGUCCGUAUCCGUGUCCGUAUCCGUCCGAAUGGCAACACUGGUCCCGGGAAGAAGUUGCAAAGGACAGACACGGAGCUUCUAAGUCUUGAGAACCAAAAGGUCGGCAUCAAAGAGCAGAUAUAUCUGCUCAAUAAGGAAGAAGAGGCCCUGAAAAAGUCCAGGGCCGAAGCAGAACUGCAAAACUUACAAGCAAACCCUUUGGUGUGGCGCGUGAACGUGCAGCGCCCCUCACCGGAACGCGUCUGCAACAGCGCCCAAGCAGGCAGAAACGCGCAGUGCAAGCCCGCAUACAAAGCCGCGUACACAGCACCGAACCCAGACGUACCGAAAGCGCUCUCUGUGCUGCACCACGCACACACAGCACGCAAGCGGACGCGACGUCGUCAACACCAAGGGCCCGGAGGUAAACCGGCCUAA